GAACGCGCGCGAGCUCGGGUGUCCCCGCCCCAGCCUUUCCCGAAGCCAUGAACCCCAGUUGCGCCCGGUGCAGCAAGAUCGUGUACCCCACGGAGAAGGUGAACUGUCUGGAUAAGUUCUGGCAUAAAGCAUGCUUCCAUUGCGAGACCUGCAAGAUGACACUGAACAUGAAGAACUACAAGGGCUAUGAGAAGAAGCCCUACUGCAACGCACACUACCCCAAGCAGUCCUUCACCAUGGUGGCCGACACCCCGGAAAACCUCCGCCUGAAGCAACAGAGCGAGCUCCAGAGUCAGGUGCGCUACAAGGAGGAGUUUGAGAAGAACAAGGGCAAAGGUUUCAGUGUGGUGGCAGACACGCCUGAGCUCCAGAGAAUCAAGAAGACCCAGGACCAGAUCAGUAACAUCAAGUACCAUGAGGAGUUUGAGAAGAGCCGCAUGGGCCCCAGCGGGGGCGAGGGCAUGGAGCCGGAGCGCCGAGAUUCCCAGGACAACAGCAGCUACCGGCGGCCCCCUGAGCAGCAGCAGCAGCCACACCACAUCCCGACCAGCACCCCUGUUUACCAGCAGCCCCAGCAGCAGCCAGCUGCCCAGUCCUAUGGCUACAAGGAGCCUGCAGCCCCAGUCUCCAUACAGCGGAGUGCUCCAGGCGGGGGCGGGAAGCGGUACCGGGCUGUGUACGACUACAGCGCUGCCGACGAGGACGAGGUCUCCUUCCAGGAUGGGGACACCAUCGUCAACGUGCAGCAGAUCGACGACGGCUGGAUGUACGGGACCGUGGAGCGCACCGGCGACACAGGGAUGCUGCCGGCCAACUACGUGGAGGCCAUCUGAGCCCCACGUGGCCGCCUCGUCUGUCUCCAGUGCAUCCCACAGCAUCGCAUCCGCCCCGCGCGUGGCCUGCCACCCUUCAGUGUCUCUGUUUUUUAAAAUCUGCGACAGCUUGUGUGUUCCCGCCCUUCCUCCAGCUUCUUUUGCCAACCGAAGCCUUGUUCUGCCACUUUCACGGGCUCCUUCCUCUGGCAGGUUUUUCCCUUGACUGACUUGUUGGUUUUCUCUCUGGAUGGAACAGGGCCCCAUCGGGGAGGGCGAGGCCUGUGGGCCAGGCUGGCAUGGGACACUCGUUGGCUCCUGGGCCUCGCCUGUCUCUCUCUGUCCCCUCCUGCCCAGCUCCUCCUAUAUCCAGACAUUCCAGGGCUGGGUUAAGCCCCAGACCCCCCCAGACAGGGGCUCCAUGCAUUCCCUGGAGUGGGAUCCCACCCACCCCCUGGGAUGGGGACAGGGGACUCUGCUGUUGUGUAGGGAC